AUCUUUAUUCCAAAAAUGAAACUGGAGACUAAUUACAAACUAAAAGAAGCACUGCAAGCGAUGGGCAUUACUGAUUUGUUUAACGCUCAAGCCAACCUGACAGGGAUCGCAGAAGCACAGUUGAUGGUAUCGGAAGCAGCACACAGAGCUAUCAUAGAGGUUGAUGAGGAGGGGACUACCGCAGCCGCUGCUACAUACUUCAAACUUCUCCUGAUGUCGGCGCGUCCAGAUCAGAAACCGAUACCCAAAAUAUUCAAAGCAGACCAUCCAUUCAUUUUCAUUCUUACAAAAGAUGGCAAUCCCCUAUUUAUUGGUCAGUUCGCAUGA